GCCUUUUUACUGAAGCGAUUGUAGAAGUAGAACUAUUUGGGGGAAAAGCAUACUGUGUUUUCGUUGGUUAACUAAGUAUCGGUUCUCCUCUGAACUUGGGGACUUAUUGGAGUCGAAAUGGAUGAAUAUGACGAGCUAUUUGAGAUUGAGGAUAACUUCGAUGAGCAGUUCGCUGAUGAGCUGGAAGUUUUGGCAGAGAUAGAAGAGGACUCUUCAAACCAGGGGAAACGUCCAGGUCCGCGUCCAGAUGAUAUCUCAGACAUACAGCAUCUGCUGGAUCAUCAGCCAAUCACCCCAAAAGCAAAGCGCCAAAAGCAAGACCCAGGUGUGGUCAAGAGACUUUUCACCUCAUCUGAGAUUAAAACAAGUGGAGGUCUGUCGUGGACUGAUGACAUCACACCCCCAUCAUCUCCAGAGCAUUAUGAACCCUCAAACACUGUCAGGUCUGUCCCAGCAAUGUUGGAUAUCAGCGGCUUUGCUACGAUCCCAGAGACACCCAGACGACCUGACAUAGAAACAAGAGCAUCUCUGCGUGUUCUAAAGAGACCGCCUGUGGAGGGGGAUUACAUCAGCGUGACCGACUCCUCAGGGACGCGAGUCUAUCUUCAUCAAAAAGAGGAGACGGGGCCAAAGAUUGCGGACUCCAGAAUAGUGCCAAACUCCCAGGGUUCACUGGGGCUGUUGGCAGUGCCUAUUAGUGUCCUGAGAGAGCAAGAAGCAGAAAAGCGUCAUCAGCAAGUUGUGGAGGAGUCUCAGCGUCUGACAGAGCUGCUAACCAGCAGUGUGAAUGAUGUAUUUAUUGAGCCUGAAAGCAACGAAGAUGGAGAGGAUGAUCCUGAAGAUGCAGAGGGACGAAGCACUCGGCUUUGGGUGGACAGGUUUUCUCCUCGACACUACACAGAACUUCUCAGUGACGAUUUUACAAACCGCUGUUUGCUGAAGUGGUUGAAACUGUGGGACACUGUGGUGUUUGGUAGAGAGAGGAAGUCACGCUCUGCGCGUUCAGACCGACACGCUCUGAACCAGAACUCAUCAAAACCCAAUCAACCCAAUCAGAAUGCAAAUCGCUUCAAGAGCAAAAUUGAAGUGACUGAGGAACUCCUGGAGGCAGAGCUGGACCAGUACAAACGACCCAAAUUUAAGGUGGCUAUGUUGUCUGGUCCUCCAGGUUUGGGGAAGACCACCCUGGCUCAUGUUAUUGCAAAGCAUGCUGGGUACAAUGUGGUGGAAAUCAAUGCCAGUGACGACCGCAGUGCAGAGGUCUUCCAGAAACGCAUCGACACAGCAACACAGAUGAAGUCUGUUUUAGGAGCCAACGAAAGGCCGAACUGCCUCAUUAUUGACGAGAUCGAUGGAGCGCCUGCGGCUGCCAUCAACAUCCUGUUGGCAACACUGAAUAGAAAAGACGGACCCAGUGGGGAAGGAGAGACUGCAAAGAAGAAGAAAAAAAAGGAGUCCAUCCUGCAACGGCCAAUCAUCUGUAUCUGUAACGACCUUUAUGUUCCAGCUCUCAGACCCCUCCGACAGCAGGCCUUCCUCCUGGCCUUCCCUCAGACUCAGCCCUCCCGCCUGACGCAGAGGCUGGCAGAAAUCUCACUGCGUCAGGGGAUGAAGGCGGACACUGGUACUCUGAUGUCUCUGUGUGAGAAGACCGACAAUGACAUCAGGUCUUGUAUCAACACACUGCAGUUCCUCCACAGCCGCGGCCACACACAGCUGAACGCAAAGACGAUCCAGAGUGUGUCGGUGGGACAGAAGGACCAGAACAAAGGACUGUUCCAUCUGUGGCAGGAGAUCUUCCAGUUGCCUCGCACAAAACGAAAACGUGUUGGUGAGGGGUAUGAGGAGGCACCAGGUUCAGGAGGAGGAGCUCAGAGGUUCCAACACAUUCUGCAUCUGGCCUCCUCUAGUGGAGAGUAUGAAAAAGUUGCACAGGGUCUGCAUGAUAACUACUUGUCCAUGCGUGUGCGGGACCCCAACCUGCAUGGUGUUUGCGAGGCUCUGGAGUGGUUGUCGUUCUCAGACAGACUGAACAAAGUCAUUCUGCACGGACAGAACUUCACCAUGAUGAAAUAUUUGCCCUUCCUGUCCGUCUCUUUCCACUUCCUGUUUGCUCACACCAACGUUCCCCGCAUCAGCUACCCCCACAGCCAGCACGAGGUGUCGACUCGCAUCCUCAGCAGCAGGAAUACCUUGACUACAAUGCUCAAUGACAUCCCAGCAUGCAUCAGAAUGAGGAUCAGCCAGCUCAGCCUGACCCUAGAUAUUCUCACGCUGCUCCUCGACAUCAUCUGUCCCAAACUACGACCUGUGAAUCCACAGCUGUUCAGCAGUAGAGAGAAGGAGCAGAUGCAUGAGCUCAUUGACACUAUGUUGGCCUACAACCUCUCGUACAGACAAGAUCGAACGCCUGAAGGACAGUACACAUACGUCCUGGAGCCACGUGUUGAGGAGCUGGUGAAGUUUCCAGGCCUGCCUCCACGCCGUCAGCUCACGUAUCAGGCCAAACAGACCAUCAGCAGAGAGAUGGAGCAGGAGAAGAUGAGGAGAGCCGAGCAGCUGCUGAUGCAACGAAACCCCGUAGUGAAGCAGAAAGAAAAAGAAAGUGCUGCAUCAAAACCAACCAGGAACCAUCAACAGAGACUGGAGAAUAUUGUCAAACAGACCACAGUGGAAACGAGGCCGGAGGUGGACUUCUUUGGUCGAGCCGUUGCCCCUAAACCACAGAGACCACAGCCGUCCUCAGACUCAGGUGAGAAAUGCGCAGUUCUGUCAAUGGGGACGGCGGUGGGCAACAGUGACGUGUGGUUCCGGUUCAACGAAGGCAUGUCCAACGCCGUCAGACGAAAUGUCUACAUCAGAGAGCUACUGUAACACCCAAAACACAUACAGACACACCUCAUUUUCAGCUGCUUGUUUUCCCUGUUUUCUAUGUAAAAGCAUCUCAGUGAAUCCGUGUGAUAAAUUCAAAACAGUCUUUAUUUUGAUUGACAGUGUAAAGAGCCAAUAAAAACGUGUUGUUGAA